AGAGAUUCCAACGCUCGUGCUCUCACCGACAGGACCCCCAACUGGGAGGGGAACAAAAAUCAGCUUGAAAAAAAAAAAAAGCCAAAUAGUCUAUUUUAACCACAACUGAGGACACGUCUUACGGGGUUUUUUUUUGGGUUUUUUGCGUGUGUCUCUCCUUUGGGGCGUUUCCUCGUGUUGGUGCACACUUCUUUCUUUCUUUCUUUCUUUCUUUUUCGAGGGAGUAAUAUGGAUGAGCAAGCCGGGAGCAGAGGCUGAGGAUUUCUGAUCGGUUUGGGUGAGACGGCCAGGCAGCCGUGAGGAGGCUGCUUAUCUAGUACCGCCACGACAUCGAAGAGGCAACAGGCAUGACUUUGCUGCAGCACUUGUAAAAAAAAAAAAAAAGAAGAAGAAGAAGAGAAUAAACCAACACCCUGCAUGCAUCUGCACCUCCGCUUUCUCACUCGGUGAUAUCAUUUUCGUGACGAGAGCGUGCUCCAUCCGGACAGCGAUGGCUCACCUGAUCCGACACAAGCUCAGCAACAAGCUGACCAAUGCGGCCCACACGGUGUCCAACAAAUCCCAGGCCAAGGUCAGCGGGGUGUUCGCCCGGCUGGGCUUCCAGGCCGCGACGGACGAGGAGGGCCUGGGCUUCGCCGAGUGCGACGACCUGGACUACGACUACAGGCAGGGCAUGCAGAUGGACGUGCUGCCGGGGGAAGACGAAGGGCCCCCCGCGGAGGGAGAGGGGGAGAUGGACGGGGACAGCCACUACCAGAGGGACGGCACCGGCCCCAGGCCUUCGUCCCUGAAGACGGGAGGCUCGCUGGACGAGGACAAACCCAAAAUCACCACAUGGGAGGCGGGCUGGAACGUCACCAACGCCAUUCAGGGCAUGUUCGUCCUCGGCCUGCCGUACGCCAUCCUCCACGGCGGCUACCUCGGCCUCUUCCUCAUUAUCUUCGCGGCCGUGGUGUGCUGCUACACGGGCAAGAUCCUCAUCGCGUGUCUGUACGAGGAGAACGAGGACGGCAUCUUGGUGCGCGUGCGCGACUCCUACGUGGACAUCGCCAACGCCUGCUGCGCGCCGCGCUUCCCGGCGCUGGGCGGCCACGUGGUGAACGUGGCGCAGAUCAUCGAGCUGGUCAUGACCUGCAUCCUCUACGUCGUCGUCAGCGGCAACCUGAUGGUCAACAGCUUCCCGGGCUUCCCCGUCUCCCAGAAGGCCUGGUCCGUGGUGGCCACGGCCGCGCUGCUGCCGUGCGCGUUCCUGAAGAACCUCAAGGCCGUGUCCAAGUUCAGCUUCCUCUGCACCCUGGCGCACUUCGUCAUCAACGUCCUCGUCAUCGCCUACUGCCUCUCCAGGGCGCGCGAGUGGGCCUGGGAGAAGGUCAAGUUUUACAUCGACGUGAAGAAAUUCCCCAUCUCCAUCGGCAUCAUCGUGUUCAGCUACACCUCCCAGAUCUUCCUCCCCUCGCUGGAGGGCAACAUGCAGAGGCCCAGCGAGUUCCACUGCAUGAUGGAUUGGACUCACAUCUCCGCCUGCGUCCUCAAGGGCCUCUUCGCCCUGGUGGCCUACUUGACGUGGGCGGACGCCACCAAAGAGGUCAUAACGGAUAACCUGCCCUCAACCAUCCGGGCGGUGGUGAACCUCUUCCUCGUCGCCAAGGCGCUGCUGUCCUACCCGUUGCCCUUCUUUGCAGCAGUGGAGGUCCUGGAGAAGUCCUUGUUCCAGGACGGCGGCAGGGCCCUCUUUCCUGACUGCUACGGCCCCAGUGGCCAGUUGAAAUCAUGGGGUCUGGGCCUCCGAGUUGCCCUGGUGGUCUUCACCUUGCUCAUGGCCGUGUUUGUCCCCCACUUUGCCCUGCUGAUGGGCCUGACGGGGAGCCUCACCGGCGCGGGCCUGUGCUUCCUCUUGCCGAGCCUCUUCCACCUGAAGCUCCAGUGGAGGAACCUCCUGUGGCACCACGUCUUCUUCGACGUGGCCAUUUUCGUUAUCGGAGGCAUAUGCGCCAUAUCUGGCUUCAUCCACUCAGUUGAAGGACUCAUAGAGGCGUACAGGUACAAUAUCCACGACUGAGAGCUUCACUGAUGACCUUUGCCGAGCGGCGGCGGCCCAACAUGCCGCACCCUGGCAGGCUGUCACGACGCAGACCUUAUCAGAAACAUCAUGUCCGACCACUUGACAUAGAGAGGCGCGUGAGGAGGAUUAUUUGUGUGAACUGUAGCCUAUACUUCUUUUUAUUUUGCCUUCGUGAUAAUGUGCAAUAAUAAACUCUACAAUCAUAGUGUAAAGUCUAGUCGACUCAUUCCAGAAACCAUGUUUUAUUAAGUGGACAGAGGAACACAGACCCCGCAUUAAAAAAAGGGGGGGGGGGGGUCUGAUUAAAAUAAUAUGCGGGCAGGAACAAGCCUGUCCAGACAUCAGUCUUCAUGCAAAGUUCUCAGAUCCAGUGAUCCACGGGUCCGACUGUGAGUGUGUACGUGUUUAUUGCUGGGGAAUGAAAUAUGUAACGAUGGAGUGAAUAUGUUAUUACUGGUUUUUGAGCUGCUACAGUAGAUAUAUCAUUAAUCCCACUUCAGAGAAAAUACGAGAGCAGGGCACCCUUCGGAUCAGAUGAUGCUCUGUGGAUGAUAAUAAAUCAUGAAUAACUUAUGUGUAGUUGUUUAAACAGAAUUAUUAUUUUUGAUUUUGUUUUUCGGUUUGUUUUUGUUGUGUUUUAUUUUCCAUCUUAUGCCUCUGUAGCUAGUAGUCCUGUUGGCUUGUUUGUUUUUCUCUUGGUGUUUCAAGUGUCAUUCUGGACGACGUGAAUUCAAAGUGCAAGAAAAUGGGUCCUAAGUGUGUAAUGCGUAUGAAAAUUUGUCCGUCUGAUGAUAUGCUCUUCCUAUUGAACGUGUUAAUUGUGAUUUAAUGGAACUAACCAUGGUGUGUGAGACAAGGAGCUUGUUGAAUUAAGAGAUAAAUAAAUCAAAUAUUUUAUGGCU